CAAUCACACAUUGGACAUGACGGUCUUGCAACGACAAAUGUGUGCCACGCCCACGCCACGAUCAAAAAUGUGUCGAGAAGAAAACUUGUUGAGGAAGGAAGAUGGGGAGGAAGAAAUACCAUCGUAAAAAGACCCUUUACAUCCUCAGGGGUUUACCUGGCACAAAAAGAUCACGCAAAGCAAGAAACAUUCAGGAUGAGUGUGGAGGAAAAAUCAUCAGUGCUAAAGAUUAUUUCCGCGAUGAUGAUGGCUUCAUAGAGAGAAUUGAUCCUAAACAACUUAACGACGCACACAUAUGGGCACGGGGGAGAGCUCUACAAGCCAUGGACCAAGGGGUGGACCCAAUCAUCAUUGACAAUACCAACUUGAGUCUCUGGGAGAUGUAUCCAUAUGUCCUAAUGGGUUUUCACCGUGGCUACUGGAUUGAAUUCAUUGCAAUGACCCGUGAUGCUACUCUUGGGAGGUUAUACUGGAAUUGUGGACGUAAAAUCCCAUUUAAAAAACUGGAAAGCAUGAGUGCGCGAUACCAGGAAGCAAGUAACAUCUUCGACAUCCUGAAUGACGAGUAUUCACAAGAGGACUGGGAGAAUACAGAUGAAAUGAUAGACAACGACUGGUGACCCUCCAGUGUGGCAUGUGUGUGCUGUUCCCUCCUUGAGGGGGAAUUGUUAUUAUUGGAAUGAAAAAACAAUUGUCAGAAAGUCAUGCAUCAUUCAUACUCAUCAUUCAAUAAAUUCAGAUAAUAUUGUGA